AUGAGAGUUUAUUCUCUUCCAAAAGAUAUUACUUAUCCCGAAGAUAUUUUUGAUGUAGAAAAUGAUUUUCUUCCAAUAAAUUUAAUUUUCCCAUCCAGAUCGAGAGAAGACAAGAACAUAACAGUUGAAGAAUUAGAAAAAUUCAAUGAAAUUUUAGAUAAAUUUGAUGUAGAAAUAUCAUCAAUAAAAGUUAAAAAUUCCUAUAGAUACUUAAAAAAGAAAAUGGAUAAAAUUGGAAAUUUAAACAAACCUCUAUCUAAAACACUUUUUUCAAGGAUAUUCGAGGCAAUACCUAAUUUAUUUUCGCGUAAAUUUGACGAAGAAGAUGAAGAAAAAUUUAAAUAUGUAGUUGAUAGGACAACCGAUAUUUUUAAAAAUUGGGAGAAUGAAAUUAAAAUAUCAACCACAAAUAUGCUUUUUUCAGAAUUAAUCAAGAGAAUAGCUAUUCUAUUUAAUGAUUUUAAAAUUAAAGGUCAAAUUGAAAUAAAUGGUCAAAUAUAUGAAAAGGGGGAAUAUAAACAAGACAUGAGAUUUUCUGGAUUUAAUGCUCAAACUUUCAAGAUUAAUCAUUCAAAGAUGCAUGAUAAAUCUGACGCCUCUGAUUGGUAUUUUACAGGAGAGAUUAUUUUCUGCAAAAAUAAUUUUAGUAUAGUAAAAAGAUCUAAAACUGGCAGAGGUGGUAAUCUACUUAAAAAGAUAAAUGAAUACAAAGGCGAAAAUUGUUACAUACCAAGCGAUGGUUAUUGUUUUAUAAAGUGUGUAAAUCACUUCAUGAAUAAAGACUUAAUAAAGGAAUUUCAAGAUUUCGUCAACAGUUUUCAAAAAGCAUAA